UCUCGCCUACCCAAAAUGCAAGGCGGGGCUGCAGCCACGAGAAAGGAAUGACGUUGUCGGAUUGGCUGCUGCUCCAGACCUUAGCAUCGCUGCUCACCAGGCUAGCCCAGCAGCAGCCUCCACCCCACCGCCAAGCGAAGAAGGGGCUUCUCAAGAUCUCCAGUCGCCCACGGUUAACCAGUCUUUAUGAAACAUAAAUAGUGACCAAUUUCAGACAUGGCGAGACUGUGUUUACGAGCUACGUACUCAUAUCCCGCCGCUUCGAAGGAGGAGUGAGGCGGAGUGUUUUCAUGGGGGCGGUGGGUCGUGAAGAAAAAUUCGAGUAACGUCCGAGAAGCUCGAUACGUAAACAAACUGGACACAAAUUGACAGAAUCGACAGCAACCGUCAAUGACGAGAUAAACAGCAUGGCAGGGGUUUGCAACAGUGUUACGCCUGGGAUGGGCGAAAUUAUUCAACUCAACGUCGGCGGAACGAGGUUUAGCACCUCCAGGCAGACCCUUAUGUGGAUUCCAGACUCUUUCUUUUCAAGCUUGCUCAGUGGGAGAAUCUCAACUCUAAGGGAUGAAACUGGAGCUAUAUUCAUUGACAGGGACCCAACAGCGUUUGCACCAAUUCUGAACUUUCUUCGGACUAAAGAACUCGACCUGCGGGGUGUGAAUAUAAACAUCCUGCGGCAUGAGGCAGAAUUUUAUGGGAUAACCCCAUUAGUGCGGCGACUGUUGCUGUGUGAGGAGCUGGAGCGGUCGUCGUGUGGCAGUGUGCUGUUCCAUGGAUACCUGCCACCUCCAGCAGUCCCACCACGUAAGAGCAGCAGUGCAACAACAGCAGCAGUAGCAACAUCAGCGGCAGUAGCAACAUCAGCGGCCCCUGAGGAGCGGCAGGGGCCCGGGGGGGCCGAGGGAGGGGGCCCCAGACCUUGCAGACAAACAGGCCUGCCUGGACCCUCAGGUGCAGACGCACCCCAGCGACUAGGGUAUCCUGUGGAUCCGAGGAAGGUGCUGAUCGUGGCUGGCCACCAUAACUGGAUUGUUGUUGCCUAUGCACACUUCGUCAUUUGUUACAGGAUCAAGGAGUCGUCAGGUUGGCAGCAGGUGUUCUCCAGCCCCUACCUGGACUGGCCAAUCGAGCGCGUGGCUCUGAACGCUAAGGUGGUCGGUGGUCCCCAUGGCGACAAAGACAAGAUGGUGGCGGCGGCCUCUGAGAGCAGCAUCAUCCUGUGGAGCAUCCAGGAUGGAGGCAACGGGAAUGAAAUAGGUGUGUUCAGUCUAGGGGUGCCAGUGGACUCUCUCUUCUUCAUCGGGAGUCAGCUGGUGGCCACCAGUCACACGGGAAAAGUCGGAGUGUGGAACGCUGUCACUCAACACUGGCAGGUGCAGGACGUGGUGCCCAUCACCAGCUGUGACACGGCCGGCUCCUUCCUGCUGCUGGGCUGCAACAAUGGCUCCAUCUACUACAUAGACAUGCAGAAGUUUCCUCUGAGGAUGAAGGAUAAUGACCUGCUGGUGACGGAGCUCUACCACGACCCCUCUAACGACGCCAUCACUGCCCUCAGCGUCUACCUCACCCCAAAGACCAGCGUGAGUGGUAACUGGAUAGAGAUCGCGUACGGCACCAGCUCCGGGGCGGUGCGUGUGAUCGUGCAGCACCCAGAGACGGUGGGCUCCGGACCCCAGCUCUUCCAGACCUUCACCGUCCACCGCAGCCCCGUCACCAAGAUCAUGCUCUCCGAGAAACACCUGGUGUCAGUGUGUGCGGACAACAACCACGUGCGGACGUGGACGGUGACGCGCUUCAGGGGUAUGAUCUCCACGCAGCCGGGCUCCACGCCGCUCGCCUCCUUUAAGAUCCUCUCCCUGGAGGAGACCGAGUCCCACAACAGCUACUCCGCAGGAAAUGACAUCGGUGAGUCCCACAACAACAGCUACUCCGCAGGAAAUGACAUCGGCCCCUUUGGAGAGAGAGAUGACCAGCAGGUCUUCAUCCAGAAGGUCAUCCCCAUGACCAACAAGCUCUUUGUGCGCCUCUCCUCCACUGGAAAAAGGAUCUGUGAGGUGCAGUCGGUGGACGGCACCACCAUCACGUGCUUCACGGUGCGUGAGUGUGAGGGCUCCAGCCGCAUGGGCUCUCGACCGCGCCGAUACCUCUUCACCGGCCAGGCCAACGGCAGCAUACAGAUGUGGGACCUCACCACCGCCAUGGACCUGGCCAACAAGAGCGACGACAAGGCCAAGAAAGAAGCCGACGUGGGCGGUCCGUCGGAGGAGGAGCUUCUGAAGCUGCUGGACCAAUGUGACCUCAGCACAUCCCGCUGUGCCACGCCCAACAUCAGCCCCGCCCCCUCCGUGCUGCAGCCCAAUCGGCUCAGAGAGUCCUGCUCAAGCCUCCAGCUGCCGACCCAGGAGCCCAUCCCGGAGACGGCGACCUACGGGGCCCUGCGCCCGUACCGAGAGAGCCCCCUGCUGGCCAGAGCGCGUCGCACAGAGAGCUUCCACGGCUACCGGGACUUCCAGAGCUUCAGCCUGGGCCGCAACCUGCUGGAGCCCGACGGACAGGCCUCCUGUGGGGGGGGGGACGAGCCGCGCCACUCGUCCGAGAGCAGCGGGGAGGAGGGGGGCACCGAGCGAAGGAACGGCGCGGGCGGAGGAGGGCUGGAGAGCUGGUGGGGGAGAGCCAGCGAGGGCCAGGCGGAGGGGAGGUCGGCGCCAGACAGCCCCGGGCUGGGGGACGUCAGGAGGAGGGCGCAGGUGGAGGAGGAGGGGGCAGCAGCAGCAGCUUCAGCAGGGGUGGGGGGGUGCGAGGGCCGGCCCGAGGGGAAGAGGAGGGGGGCGUUUGAGGGGGGGUUCCUCGCGAGGAAAAGGGCGCCCCCCGUGCCCACGCUGGCCUCUCUGCCCCCCGGCUCCGAGGCUGGCGGGGGCAGCGACUCGUCCUCCAGCACCGCCUCGCCCUCCCCGACCAAAAUGGCCACCUCUCCUCGCCACCGCAAGGGCACGGAGACGUCCAGCCAGGAGUACAGCCUGUGAGAGACCUGCUGCAUGCCUGAGACCUCCCUGAGACCUCCCUGAGACAUGCCUGAGACCUCCCUGAGACCUCCCUGAGACAACCCAACCACCCCCUGUCCCCUCCCCUUACAGUCACCUUACAACAGGACUAAAGUGAAGCCUUGUCUCAGUGUAGUGUAGCAGUUAUCCAUCUCAGAUCAGACCCCGCUGGAACACAUAUCUCACAUAGAACUACAUGGAGCCAUCUUCACCUUGGGUUGUUGACUCACCCGCAGUGAGUAUGGUGCAGUUCCCUCCUCCACAGCUAUGUGGUGCUGUUUGCAGCCAUAGUCCAACCUCACACACCAAUGCCUUGGCUUAUUAAGGUUUGUUCAAAGGCAGUUUGUUUGUUCUUUUUAAGGAGUGGAAUAAUUAUCAUAUAGAAAUGUUUGUUUUGUUGGAUUAACUAUAUAUUUCUGUUGGUAUGGCAACAGCUGCUUUUGUUUUGUUCUUUCUGUUGGUAUGGCAACAGCUGAUUUUGUUUUGUUCUUUCUGUUGGUAUGGUAACAGCUGAUUUUGUUUAUUUUCUUAUUUGAAAUGGAGCCAUCAUCUUUGAGCUGAAAUGCAAAGGCCCAUUGUUUACAUGCGUACAUGUUUGUUUCAGCCGCCCAACUGGAAUAGUUUGUCUCCUUGGUUACGCCCUGACGAUUCCGAGGAUAAAUAGAUCAACAUUAUUACCUUAAAGCUAACUUUUAUAUGUUUCUCUACGUCACUUUGAACACUAUUAUCUUCAUGGUCCCUCACGAAUAAUGCUGACAUUAAGUGACUUGAAGCAUGACAGGCGUGUUUUGAGAGGGGUCAAGGGUCAUUGGUAGUAGCCUGCCUCAAUAGUUGUCUUUCACUCUCAUAUUUUUUUAUUAUUUAGAGACCCACACAAAGCUAUUUUUCUUACCUUAACUUGUUGAACUCAAACAAAGGGAAUUCCUUCACAUUGUAAUGUUUGGAGACUGUUUAGUGCCUUUGAUCACAGUAAUAAUUUAAUAAUUAUUCUAUUCAUUUAGGAGAGGAAUCAAACCAAAGUGAAUAUGAUGAGUCCCCCCCCCCCCCCCCCCCCCCC